UGAGGGAGACUUUGGACAAUCCCGGGCACUGUUGUCAGUCUCCAGCCGCACUUCCGGUCCUGUUGGACCCCUGACGACCUUCCUUUCCUCUGGACUCUCGGACUCCCGCCUCUGGAACACGUGACAUCAUUUGCAGCCGGUCCAGGACCUCGGAGACUUUUGUGCAGGACUUUGGAACAUCUGACGACUUUGUAGCACAUUAUUACACCGCUUUGGAAUAUUGGAGGACUUGGUAGGAAAUUAUUACACACUUUUGGAAUAUUUCCAGAGUAUUAAAAGACUUUGAAGACAUGACGGCCAACAAGGACAAAAAGAGGAGCAGCUCGGAUCGCCGCAAGGAGAAGUCCCGUGACGCCGCUCGCUAUCGCCGCAGUAAAGAAAGCGAAGUUUUCUACGAGCUGGCUCACCAACUUCCUGUGGCUCGCAGCAUCAGCGCUCACCUGGACAAGGCGUCCAUCAUGAGGCUCGCCAUCAGCUUCCUGCGCACACGCACACUCUUUGCCACAGGCUGCAAUGGCAACGAGGAGGAGCAGAUGAGCAGCUUCUACCUAAAGUCUCUGGAGGGCUUCGUCACCGUGGUAACGUCUGACGGGGACAUGAUCUUCCUGUCGGAAAACAUCAACAAAUUCAUGGGGCUCACACAGGUGGAGCUGACGGGUCACAGCAUCUUCGACUUCACACACCCGUGUGAUCACGACGAGAUCAGAGAGAACCUCAGCCUCAAGACCGCCAGCAGCGGCUUCAGAAAAAAGAGCAAAGAGCAAAGCACCGAGCGGGACUUCUUCAUGCGGAUGAAAUGUACGGUGACCAACAGGGGGCGCACUGUCAACCUAAAGUCUGCCAGCUGGAAGGUGCUUCACUGCGUGGGACACCUGAAGAUGUGCGACAGCGCCACCUCGCAGGUGCUGUGCAGCCUCAAAGACCCGCCCCUCACCUGCGCAGUGUUGAUGUGUGAGCCUAUCCCGCACCCCUCCAACGUCGACGCCCCUUUCGACAGCAGGACAUUCCUGAGCAGACACAGCAUGGACAUGAAGUUCACUUACUGUGACGACAGAGUAACUGAGUUGAUGGGUUACACUCCUGAUGAUCUGCUGGGCCGCUCAGUCUAUGACUUCUAUCACGCUCUGGACUCUGACAAUGUCACCAAAAGUCAUCACAACUUGUGCACCAAAGGACAGGCGGUGUGCUCUCAGUAUCGCAUGCUGGCAAAGAGCGGAGGUUACGUGUGGCUCCGAAGUCAAAGCACCGUCAUCUACAACAACCGCAACUCUCAGCCUCAGUGCAUCGUCUGCAUCAACUACGUCCUCAGUGACAUCGAAGAGAAGUCCACCGUCUUCUCCCUGGAGCAGACCGAGUCUCUGUUCAAGCCCCGCCUACUCAGCAGCUUCUUCACAGGCGGAGGAGGAGGAGGAGGCCUCGACCCCGGUCUAGAUCCCGGUCUGGAUCCCGGGGACGCGCUCUUUACCAAACUCAAGGACGAGCCGGAGGACCUGGCCCAGCUGGCGCCCACACCUGGAGACACCAUCAUCAGCCUGGACUUCGGUGGACCUCGUCUGGACGAGUCGGCAGAGCAGGCGACGUACCGCCAGUUGUCGGCUGCCGCCAUGCCCCCACCGGGACCGGCGUCCUGGGCCGGCGAGGGCCAGAAGGCGGUGCCGCCUCCAUCCGCGGGGGGCGGGACUAACAUGGCGUCCUCGGUCACUGCUCGACAGAAUCCGCCGCCGUGCAGCGCCACUCCCAGCCUGAGCAGCUGCUCCACGCCCAGCAGCCCAGAAGAUUACUACAGCACUAUUGACAGCGACCUGAAGGUGGAGCUAACGGAGAAACUCUUCGCUUUGGACACCAAAGGCAACAGUCCUGUGUCUACUGAGAGGGACUUGAGUGACUUUGAUCUGGAGACAUUGGCUCCCUACAUCCCCAUGGACGGAGAAGACUUCCAGCUCAAUCCCAUCAUUUCAGACUCCGAGCCCCUGGAAGUGGGUGUGUCCAUGGGGAGCAGUAGUGGCGGCGGCAGCCUGGCUCAGUCCCAGCAGACCCCCAAGCAGAGCUUCAGCAACAUUGCCAGCCUCUUCCAGCCGCUCUCCUCGCCCCCUCAGCAGCAAGGCCGCUACCGGACCCAUCCCGCCGCCGCCGCCGCCUCCUCCUGGUCUGCGGGGGAGGACAGAGGCUGCGGUCAGGGGGAGCUGGACCCGAGGACGAGGUGCCACAUGAUGGGGUGCAUGCAAAACCCCCCAUGCCAAGUGCCUGCCAGCACCCCUUUGUCUUCCAUGGGGGGCAUUCAGAACCUGCAGUGGCCUCCUGAUCCUCUGCUGACUUACCAGCAACACGCCAACAAAGGUUACCGCAUGGACUCUUUGUCUGGAGACCCGCGCCUGUCUUGCCAGCAGAACCUACAGAGCGUCCUGCACAACCACAGGUCCAUGGAGAACUUUGGACAAGCUUACAGAGACCUGCGUCCUCCUCGUGUAGACAACAGCGUCAAACGCUCCUUCGAUCAAAUGGCGGGUGAAUGUAAGACGUCAGAAAGCAUGUGGAAGAAGAUGAGGAGCAACAUGUCCGGUCGUGGUCCAGGCGAGCUGAAAGCGGACACCAGGACUUUGUGUUUGGGAAGUGUGCAACAGCACAGGAAGUCUCAGUAUCCAGGAAGUCUUGCCAGUCGCUUACUGGGUCCGUCGUACGACUUCUGUCUGCCGGAGUUGACCCGCUACGACUGCGAGGUCAACGUACCGCUGCAGGGCCACCUGCACCUGCUGCAGGGCUGUGACCUGCUGAGAGCUCUGGACCAAAACACCUAGAAGGUCCUCGUCCUGACAUGGACCUCACUUUGUUGGAAUGAUGGACACCACUCCCACACUUGGACUGCCUUGUUUCCUCCUUCGCACGUCCUGCCUUCUGUAGCCGCCAUCUUGUUGUCCACCUCACCCCAACACGGAUGUGUCAUGUGACCCUGCGUGACCUGUAGGCCGUGAGCGGUCACAGGUCAGCAGUUUGAGACAUGGUGUCAAAGGAGAUGAUGUCAAAUAGAUGUUCGUUCUUAACCAAUACACGUAACUAAGUUUUAUUGUUCGCUAAUACACGUUAGCUCAUUUC